CCCCCUCCCCCCCCCCCCCCACCCCAAAUUUAGAUGAGCCGCUGCAGUCGUGAAAGAAGAAGGAAACAAAUAAAUAAAAUAAAGGCGAAGCAAGCGAUGAGGAGGUUCACGCCCAUGAGUAGGAGAGGAAGAGCCGUGACAGGUGGAGGCGGGAGAAAAACCGGGAAUACGACAGUGGCAAUCACGGCAGUUGGUUGUAAUGCGAUGGACAGGCCACGACUCUAUCCUUCUAGACGACCCAAGGUGUCAGUAUUUCUAAGUUGGCCGCCAAAUUGUGGUCGAAGGAGGGACCUCGGAGAUAAUGGCGGCGGAGCUCCAACGGUGGGGAUCAUCGAAGAGAAAGAGGUGGAACCGGUAGAGGAGGAGCCGAAGGAGGAAAAUCAUUCGAAGCUGGAGCGUGAGAAUGCAGACAUUGACGCGACUAAAUAGGUGAGUGUAAAGGGCUUAAAAUCUCCGUCGAGGUCUUUUAGCUUAUGCAUUUACUUAUAGCAGUUUGUUAAUUUUUUAGUAAUGCUCGAUUAUGUGUGUGAGGUAUCCCAUCGCCUUCUGAAGGUGGAGACACGCAAUGUGCUAUGUAUGAAUGAAUGAAUGUAUGUGUG